AUGCAUGUCAACAUUGCGAGCACAGCGCUCCUCGCAUUGCUGUAUGCAGGCAGUGCCGCUUCGUUCUACCUUCCAGGAGUUGCGCCUACAACAUACAAGGAAAACCAGCGAGUAGACCUUAAUGUCAACCACCUCACGCCCGCGCUGUCCGAAAAGGACUCUCAAUUACACUCUGUUUUCUCUUUCGAUUACUACCACCCUGCCUUCCGAUUCUGCAGACCCGCAGACGGACCUAAGCACAUCUCAGAAUCUUUGGGCAGCAUCUUAUUUGGGGACAGGAUAUCUACAUCACCUUAUGAGUUGAACAUGCUACAGAAUGAGUCGUGUAAAGCGCUCUGUGAGGAGCAAAAAUUUGAUCAGAGGAGCGCCAAAUUUGUCAACAGGAGGAUAUGGCAGAACUACAAUUUGAAUUGGCUGAUUGAUGGAUUACCAGCUGGCCAACCCUACACAGAUCCAUCAACAAACACGGAUUUCACGGUCAGAGGCUUUCCAUUAGGGGGAGUGGACAAAGAGUCAAAGGCGGUGUUAAACAAUCACUUUGACAUAGUGGUGGACUACCAUACCGCCGGCAAGGGCGAGUUCAGGGUCGUUGGUGUGCUCGUGAUACCUGAUUCACGGGCAGACUCGUCGAACAAGGAUGGGAAAGUAAACUGUGGUGAUAUGAAUGCCGAAAAGCCCUUGAUGCUCAAUGAAGAUGGAGAAACCGGAGUGACGUGGACGUACGGUGUUUACUGGAGGGAGUCGCCCACAGCCUGGGCCACCCGGUGGGACAGCUACCUGCAUGUGUUCGAUCCUAGGAUACAUUGGUUUUCCCUCAUCAAUUCUUCCGUGAUCGUAGUCUUCCUAUGUGGUAUGGUUGGCGCUAUUCUCAUGCGUGCUUUGAAAAAAGACAUUGCACGCUACAACAAGCUGGAAGCUUUCAAUCUCGAUGAUCUUUCCGGCGCUAACGGCCAUACUGAGGACGAUGUACAGGAAGACUCGGGUUGGAAGCUUGUGCACGGAGAUGUCUUUAGACCACCAAAGAACCCCCUUCUGCUCAGCGUCUUCCUUGGCAAUGGUACGCAACUUUUCGUCAUGGUUGGCACCACCAUCUGUUUCGCCCUACUCGGCUUCCUCUCGCCUUCGAACCGUGGCUCUCUUGGCACUGUCAUGAUACUACUGUAUACAGUCUUCGGCUUCAUUGGUGGUUACGUUUCAGCAAGAGUCUACAAGACUUUCGGCGGCGAAGCAUGGAAGCAGAAUAUAGCUCUUACUCCUCUCUUGAUCCCAGGUAUUGUGUUUGCCACAUUCUUCUUGCUCAACCUCUUCUUGUGGGCGAAAGGCUCUAGCGGAGCGGUACCUUUCAGUACAAUGCUUGUGAUCCUGGGCAUAUGGUUUGUCAUCAGCGUACCGCUCAGCUUCACUGGUAGCUGGAUAGGCUUCAGACACCAGCCCGUUCAACCACCUGUCCGUGUGAACCAGAUACCUCGACAAAUUCCACAGUCCACCACGUAUCUUCGCCCAAUACCAUCAAUGGCUCUUGUUGGUAUCCUGCCGUUCGGCGCAAUCUUCGUAGAGCUGUACUUCAUAAUGAGCAACAUGUGGUUUGGCAAAGUCUACUACAUGUUUGGCUUCCUAUUCCUUUGCUAUGGGAUCAUGAUCAUCACUUGCGCGGCAGUGACGAUCUUGUUAGUAUACUUCCUGCUAUGUGCGGAGAAUUACCAUUGGCAAUGGAGAGCAUUCUUUACAGCAGGUGCAAGUGCGGGUUAUGUCUUCGCUAAUGCGAUGCUGUACUGGAUUACGAAGCUGAGCUUUGGGAGCGUCACGAGCGGCGUACUCUACCUCGGUUAUAGUCUAUUGGUCUCAUUCAUGUGCUUUAUACUUACUGGCACCAUCGGUUUCUUUUCAAGCUGGGCGUUCGUACACAAAAUCUACGGAUCCAUCAAGGUCGACUGA